GAGUCCACGACUGUUGUAUAUGCAUCUCAUCAGCUUGGCCUCCAAGUCGGGAGGAAGGCCGAAGGGGCGACCCGCGGCCGCCACCGCGACCGCUGCGCGAACCCUACCCGCCACUCCGAUCGCCACCGCUGGGGUUCUCGAUAUAUGCUUACGACGAAACGAAGAGAGCGGAGGGAGCCAAGGACGGCGGUGACGCUGUCGUGAAGAAGGCUCGGGGUGGGGGAAUCGGCGGUGGCGGAAGAGAUGGUGCCGAGGUCGGAUGUGGGCGGCGGUGGGAGCAGCAAUGCGAGUGGGGUGGUGGAGAUCGACGAGGACCUGCACAGCAGGCAGCUCGCUGUGUACGGAAGGGAGACAAUGCGGCAGCUCUUUGCCUCGAACGUGCUCAUCUCCGGCCUUAACGGGCUAGGGGCCGAGAUCGGUUGAAUGCUGGAUUGCAAAAUACAGCUGGGACUGUUGCAUUUCAUGGACAUAUGGGCAGAAACUGGGCACGCAAAAGGGUUCACAGCCUUAGACAUUUAUGCUUCAAUGUUUAUUUUGUUAUGAGGUGUUUGAUUUGAGGAAUAAGCUAAUCUAUCAUCUUCUCACUCCUCACUUUUUUUUAUUUAGUUUGUGGAAUGAAUUGAGUUGAUUCAUCACCACCUCAUUCCUCAUAGUUAGUUAGUACUAACAUGAGUAAUGAGGCCAUCCCACUAAAUUUGAGAAAUAAGUUCAUGAUGCACUAUCUCAUCUUGGAUGGAGUGAUUCAUCAAACCAAACACCCCUUAAAGUUUCUGGUGAAUUAGAAAUGCAAAUGGUGCGGCCAUCUUUUCGAUUUUUAUAUACAUAUUUUGUUUAAUAUUCUGUUGAAUGGCUGUCCUCAUUAUAAGACAUAUGGUGGAGUAGUGUAACUGUGCAAGUCACUGCCUCUCACUUGUUUACCUGUAUAGUUAUUACAAUUCGGAUCAAUACUCAUAAUGUUUUUCCUUUACUAUUGGUCCAGCCAGUAAUUAAUUGUUUUGUUAGAUAACUACCAUUGUAUUUACCAUGAAUGUAUUAUAAGCAUUAUCUUGGUGAGACCUUUUGAACUAAUAUUUCCUUUCAACAGCAAAGAAUCUUGCUCUAGCUGGUGUUAAAUCUGUUACCCUACAUGAUACUGGAAAUGUGGAAAUGUGGGACCUAUCAGGCAAUUUCUUUCUAUCUGAGGAUGACAUCGGGAAGAACAGGGCUGUUGCUUGUGUUGCAAAGCUUCAAGAACUUAACAAUGCUGUUCUCAUAUAUACCCUAACAGAAGAAUUGACCACUGAGCACCUUCCAAAGUUCCAAGUGGUUGUUUUCACUGACAUUAGUUUGGACAAGGCAUUUGAGUUCGAUGAUUAUUGUCGUAAUCAGCAGCCUCCAAUUUCCUUUAUCAAGACAGAAGUCCGUGGACUUUUUGGUAGUGUGUUUUGUGACUUUGGGCCUGAAUUCAGUGUUCUUGAUGUCGACGGUGAAGAUGCACGUACUGGCAUAAUUGCAUCCAUCUCCAUCACCACUGACAAUCGUACAAUGGUGUCCUGUGUUGAUGAUGAGCGCCUUGAUUUUCAGGAUGGUGAUCUUGUUGUUUUCUCAGAGGUCCAGGGUAUGACAGAACUGAAUGAUGGCAAGCCAAGGACAGUAAUGUGCGCAGGACCAUUUUCCUUUUGCAUCGAGGAUACAAGUAACUUUGGCACUUAUACAAAAGGUGGAAUUGUUACACAGGUGAAAGAACGGAAGAUCUUGAAGUUUAAGAGUUUGAGAGAUUCGAUUAGAGAACCUGGGAAUUUCCCUCUAAGUGAUUGUUCAAAGUUUACUCGCCCUCCUCUGCUUCAUUUUGCAUUUAUAGCUUUGGAUAAAUUUAGGAAAGAGUUUGGACGCUUCCCUGGUGUUGCUUGUGGUCUGGAUGCCCAAAGGUUUGUGGAGUUCACUGCUUCUAUCAAUGAAGCCACAAUUGAUUACAAGAUAGAAGAUGAGCUUGAUGAGAAUUUGUUGCGGCUUUUUGCUAGUGGUUCUAAAGCUGUCCUGAACCCAAUGGCUACUAUGUUUGGUGGAAUUGUCAGUCAAGAAGCUGUGAAGGCAUGUUCUGGGAAAUUUCAUCCACUGUACCGGUUCUUCUACUUUGAUUCAUCCGAAUCUCUGCCAACUCACCAAUUGGACCCUAAAGACCUGAAGCCAUUGAAUAGUCGCUAUGAUGCUCAGAUUUCUGUUUUUGGCUCUAAGCUUCAGAAAAAACUGCGGGAUGCCAAUGUCUUUGUUGUGGGAUCUGGUGCUCUUGGAUGUGAAUUUUUAAAGAACCUAGCUUUAAUGGGAGUGUCUUGCAGCCGUAAAGGGAAAAUUACUAUAACAGAUGAUGAUGUCAUCGAGAAAAGUAACUUGAGUCGCCAAUUUCUGUUCCGUGAUUGGAAUAUUGGACAUCCUAAAUCUACAGUAGCUGCCACAGCUGCUAGUGCUAUCAAUUCCUGCCUGCACAUUGAUGCUCUCCAGAACCGUGCCUGUCUAGAGACCGAGCAUGUGUUCCAUGAUGCAUUCUGGGAGAUCCUUGAUGUUGUCAUUAAUGCACUUGAUAAUGUUAAUGCUAGGAUGUACAUGGACAUGAGAUGUUUGUACUUCCAGAAACCACUCCUGGAAUCUGGAACACUGGGUACAAAAUGUAACACGCAAGUGGUAAUUCCUCACCUUACUGAAAAUUAUGGGACUUCACGAGACCCUCCUGAGAAGCAGGCACCCAUGUGCACAGUCCAUUCAUUUCCACACAAUAUUGACCAUUGUCUAACAUGGGCCCGCUCAGAGUUUGAGGGUUUGCUCGAGAAGACUCCAAAGGAAGUCAACUCUUUUCUGUCUAAUCCCGCUCAAUAUGCUGCCUCCAUGAAAAAGGCAGGUGAUGCUCAGGCCAGGGAGUUGCUUGAGCACGUAUGUGAAUGCCUUGAGAAGGAGUGUUGUGGAACAUUUGACGAUUGCAUAACGUGGGCAAGACUGAAAUUUGAAGAUUACUUCUCCAAUCGUGUGAAGCAGCUAACAUUCACGUUUCCUGAAGAUGCUGCCACUAGCAUGGGAGCCCAUUUCUGGUGUGCUCCAAAGCGUUUCCCUCACCCUCUGGAAUUUUCAGCUGCUGAUUCAUCACACAUUCAGUUUAUAAUGUCUGCUUCCAUAUUGAGGGCAUUGUCUUUUGGAAUCUCUAUACCUGAUUGGGCAAAGGACACUGAUAAUCUGGCUGAUGCAGUCAGUAAAGUUGCAGUACCUGAAUUUAAGCCAAAGAGCGGGGUGAAGAUUGAGACAGACGUGAAGGCCGAAAACAUCUCCAGUGCCUCAGUUGAUGACGCUGCUGUUAUCGAAGAUCUUUUAAGCAGGCUGAAAGCAUGUACCAAGAAACUACCUCCGAGAUUCCAAAUGAAACCUAUUCAGUUUGAGAAGGAUGAUGAUACAAAUUUCCACAUGGACUUAAUUGCUGGUCUUGCAAAUAUGCGUGCCAGGAACUAUGGCAUCCAAGAGGUUGACAAGCUGAAGGCAAAAAUUAUUGCAGGAAGGAUCAUCCCAGCUAUUGCAACUUCAACUGCCAUGGCGACAGGACUAGUGUGCCUUGAGCUUUACAAAGUUCUGGCCAGAGGGCACCCAAUCGAAGACUACCGCAAUACAUUUGCUAACCUGGCCCUACCGAUGCUCACCACAUCUGAACCUCUUCCCCCCACUGUGAUCAAGCAUGGAGAUAUGACGUGGACCGUAUGGGAUCGGUGGUCUAUCGAGGGAGACAUCACAGUUGCAGAGCUCCUGAAGUGGUUAAGCGACAAGGGCCUGAGUGCGUACAGUGUCUCCUGCGGCACAUCGUUGCUCUACAACAUAAUGUUCACAAGGCACAAGGAUCGACUGAGCAAGAAGAUCAGAGACGUAGCCAAGGAGGUGGCAAAGGUAGACAUUCCAGAAUACAGGAAGCAUCUGGAUGUCGUCGUUGCUUGUGAGGAUGACAACGGGAAAGAUGUCGACAUCCCUCUUAUCUCCAUUUAUUUCCGGUAGGUUGCACUGUGGAAAGAGUUGAAUGGGAAAAAAGAGGGUCCCGUGAAAAAGAGAUUUGGGUAGAUUCAUAAGUUCUGUCAAUAAUAUUCUCUCUCUUGUAACUAGAAAUCGGUAGCGAAGUGAUCACAGCUGGAGUUGCUUGUGGUGCGUCUCCUUACGGUUGUGUACGAGUGCUUGGGGUCCUGCUGUUGCAUGCCAACUAUUUGCAGGUGUGCAAUGUGAUGUGGAUAUUUUUGAUGAAUGAAUCUUCGGAGCUUCAGAAUAUAUUUACGCAGCACUUCACUGCAAUCGUCAAUGUCAGAUAGCAAUUUCAGUCU